AUGGCAUCAUCAACUGUUCAAACAAAACGUCCUCAGGUAGCGAGUGGUGCAGCGAAAAAACGGGGUCAAGCUGGCUCGCGCCCAGAGUUAACAGAAGAACAAAAGCAAGAAAUACGCGAAGCAUUCGAUUUAUUUGAUUCCGAUGGAUCGGGCACAAUUGAUGUCAAAGAACUGAAAGUGGCCAUGCGUGCAUUAGGUUUUGAACCUAAAAAGGAAGAAAUUAAAAAAAUGAUAACCGAUAUUCAAAAGGAAAAUGCAUCGACAAUUGAUUUUAAUGAUUUCUUAACAUUAAUGUCACAAAAAAUGGCUGAAAAAGAUUCAAAAGAAGAAAUAUUGAAAGCAUUUAGAUUAUUUGAUGACGAUAAUACUGGUAAAAUUUCGUUUAAAAAUUUGAAACGUGUAGCCAAAGAAUUGGGUGAAAAUUUAACCGAGGAAGAAUUACAGGUAGGAGGUGUGAGUAAGAUACUGUCACUUGUCGAUUCAAAAACAUGUUUAAAUCUGUUUAGGAGAUGAUCGACGAAGCAGAUAGAGAUGGUGACGGCGAAAUAAAUGAACAAGAAUUUCUAAGAAUAAUGAAAAAGACGUCAUUAUAUUAGUGGACAAAUGACAUCAUCAUUCCAUUGUUUCUUCUUUCUUCGAUGUCUUGUGAUCUCUUUCCCCACUCAUUUGAGAAUGGCACUUUCUUUUCUACAUGUAAUUCCAUACUUGUUGUUAUUUGCGUUUUCUUUAAAAUAAUAUUGAUAUUUUUUUGUUUGUCAGGUAUUUCUUAUCGUCUCUCUCUUAAGUAUGUUUGUGUGUAGUUUUUUUGUAUAUAUAACAAGAAAAUUUUUGUCUAGGAAAUGUUCAAUGAUAAACAGUAAUAAAGACUUCUAAAUUAUCCAAAAUAUUAAGUGUAACAGUGAGCUUGUAUAAUUUUUAUUCUUCUUCUAGUGUCGCUCACAAAGUUGGUUUUUAAACCAUCCGAUUAGAAAGAUUGUGAUCAAUAAACACAUUUUUAAUGUUGAGCUACGGUAUUGAGAAAAAAUGAAAAUUAAUGUUAAUUUAUCACAUUUUAUUCGUUGAAGAAACAUAAUUCUCAUCUGAUAUUUCGUAUAAUAGUGUAAAAAGAAUUCUAUCACUCUUGAAGUAAGUUAUGUGAAUUCAAAUAGAUAGUAACUGUUCGUGGGCUCAAAAGGCAGCGACAGAGAGUUUUGAACCAAGUAUUGCUUAUACAAUAAAGAGAUAAUAAGCGAUUUUGACAAUGCUUUUAUGUGCAGGUUGUAUGAGUUUAUAAAUAAGAAUAGUCGAUCCUGCCGAUAGCAACAGCAAAUAUUUACAAAGUAGCCAAUAUUUGAUGCUGGAAAAGUGAGUGUAUCCAAUUGUCAAUAUUUGUCUACAGCUGGCAUAGUCUAAUUAUCUAUACAGUCACAUUAGCGUUAGUAUUACUGGCUCUGACGUGGAUCUGAGAAACGAAAUUACUUGACCUAUACAUCAGUAAAAUGAAAUAAAAGAAAAGAGUUUUGUUAUUGUAUAAACAAUUUUAGUAUUUGAAAAUUUGACCAUUAUUUUCUAGAAUGUUGUACGAGAAUCCCACAUAUCCAGCAUCAGUGUGUUCACUCACGUUGCGCGGUACAUAGGUCUCAUCGACGUACUCGCAGUUAUUCCUUGGUGUUUUGGUGUUGAGACUUCAUACUUGGAUACACUAUAUUUUAACUCAGUCCACCUCCCAAACUCUUAUGUCUGAAUGAUGUCGUUUUCCAUUUAAAUCAUAAUCAACUACAUAUCGCAGGAAUGAACGCUGAUAAUCACAUCGUGCAGUUUAAAAAAGUGAAAGAAAUGAAAAGUUGCGCAUCGGAUAAUGAAUAAUUAAGUUUACUCAGAGGAUUUCACACUUAGUAUUAUUUUGUUAACAUUUAAUUAAUAACAUUUCAUAACUGGACG